AUGGGUGUGCCGGACAAGUUCCCAGCUGCCGUGCUCGUUGAACGACAGACGAACCCGCUUCCCACCACUCAAGUUGGCGAUGCAUGCCUGGACUACUCUAUCACCGCCAAUAUGUCGACCAUCAGCGCAAACUCCUCCUACCGCAGUGCAUUCAUGCAGAAAGCACCUGUCGGAACCAUCAUUACAUCACGAAUGCUCAAUGCUGCCCAAGCCAAGCUCCCGGCACUCACAGCGAACGUAGCUCUCAACCAACAAUGUGGGAACCUAACUGAGCUCGCACUUACCGAGGCUGCCAACAACUUCACAAAGGGAAUUGUUGCCCAAUUCAGUACCGAGGGUCUACCCGUUGGUAUCAAGGCCGGUCCCGAAGUCCUCGUCGUCGUCGGCUGUAUCUGUGCACUUUUCUCUGUUGUAUGGGUUUUCGCCGGAUAA